AUGGCUUGUUCCGCCGGGCAGAUCCUCAAGAGGCACAUCUUGACAUGCCUCAUCAUUAUCAGUGUCGGCUCAGCUAUUGGUCUGGGCUUUCUCAUCCGCAUUUGGAAAGUUGAGUGGACAGAGCGUGAACUGAUGUACAUUGGCUUUCCGGGAGAGCUCUUCCUCCAGAUGCUGCGUUCACUGAUUAUUCCCCUGAUCACAACCUCUAUCAUCCUCGCCGUGGCUUCCCUGGACAUCAGUAAAUCCAAGAAAAUCGGCUGUUGCAGCAUCGUAUUCUACCUGGCUUCAACUGUUGUUGCCAUUCAGGUGGGAUUGGUUCUGGUGGCAACAAUCCAACCAGGAAACUUUGUCCCGGACGAUGACAAUAGCACGAUACCUGAACAUGUGGGACCCAAGAUAACCAUUUCGGAUACCUUUUUUGAUCUCUUCCGAAAUUUCUUCCCGCCAAAUUGGCUCCAGGCCACAAUGUUCCUGUACAAGACGAAACUGCAUCAUCCUCCAGGUUGCACUGUGGGAAACUGCACUGAUAUGACCGAAUGGAAGAUAUCCGGAAGCUACGUAAGGGGAAUGAACAUUCCGGGUCUCGUGGCUCUAUCUUUCUUUAUAGGAAUCAGUACUGCACUGCUCAAGGGAAAAGUUGAACUGUUGAAGACUCUGAUUAGGGAAAUCAAUUACGUAUCUAUGAAGAUCACAUCAUGGGUAGUUUGGUUUUCGCCCAUUGGUGUCUUCUUCCUGAUUUUGUCCAGAUUUGUGAGCCUUGACAUUUCGAUUAUGCUGCAACAGAUGGGAUUGUUCUUCAUUACAGUUGUCUUGGGCAUGGUCAUCCAUAUGGCUUUGAUAAUGCCCUUGGUGUCCUUCUUACUAACGAGAAAGAAUCCCUAUAAGUUCAUAGGUAAUAUGGGCGAAGCCUUAGCUAUGGCAUUUGGGACAGCAUCCAGUUCAGCUACUCUUCCAUUGACAAUGAACUGUUGCCAAGAGAAUAAUGGGAUUCAUCCGAAAAUUGUUAAUUUUGUGAUCCCCAUCGGAGCGACGAUCAAUAUGAACGGAACAGCACUCUACGAAGCCGUUGCUGCUGUUUUUAUAUCCCAAGUCAGAGGAACAGCCCUGGACUUUAGUCACUACGUGAUGAUAAGCUUGACUACAACGGCUGCAAGCGUUGGAGCAGCUGGUAUUCCUCAAGCCGGUGUAGUAACCAUGGUUAUGGUUUUGGAUGCCAUUGGUCUUCCACCUGAAGAUAUUUCUUUGGUCAUUGCUGUCGAUUGGAUCUUGGACCGUCUUCGGACGAUUGUUAACGUCUUAGGUGAUGCAUUUGGAGCGCAAGUAGUUGACCAUUUGUGUCGUGAGGAAUUGAGUGACGAUGAAUAUGAUCCAGAAGGACAACCCGUAGAUGAUUGA